AUGGCUCCAUCACCUUCUGCUGAAUCGCUCCCGGGUCCCCUCGCAGACUUUUUUUGGAUUGCUGGUGUCGAUGGGCCGGAGAUCCUGGAUAUAUUCUCGAAGCUUGGGGAGGAGUACAAAGCCAACCAUUCCCAAUCGCUGCCGGUAACGGAUACAAUUCAAGAAGAUGCAGAUGCAGAAGAGGCAAUCCACUCUCGUUCAGGAUCACCCCAGCCGUCCUCCAAGCGGAAUUCGUCCCAAUGGCUACCAAAACCAUCCGACGAGGCGAGGUUAUCCUAUCGAUCCAUGGCAUCUGAAACACCAAGUAACCGGAGCAGCAUGACCAUCAAAGGCUCCCAAUCUCCAAAUGGACUCUCUUUACUCAGUGACGGCGACUUUGACAAAGCAUUGUUAAAAUUUGCUGCUGAGAGGGACUCAUUUUUGUCCGAUCUCUCGCUCAGUGCAGGUGCUGUAGUCGCCAAUAAUCGGCCCAAACCACGACCUAGGACACAGAAGAUUGUGGCAGAGGAGGUCAACCCGCUGAAGUCGAGCAUUGGUAGCGUUCGCAGACAUAUGUCUUUUAGGGACAUGAGCAGCAUGAAGAGACAACCAUCUCUUGCACGUCAGUCUUCUGUUCGCACUUCCAGACGACUAAGUAACUACAACUCGGUAAUCCCAGUACCUCAACCGCUUGAUGUAUCUCCUAAUAUGCACCCACUGAAGCGUAAAUUCGAACCUGUCCUUCUCGACAGAUACCCGCCGAAAGGAGUCCCAGACGAGACCAAACAGAGAGGCACCUUCCCUGACUACGUUCCAAUGUUUGCUUUCCCGAAUGAUAUCAAUAUCGUGUCCUCUGACCAGAGACCCCGCUCGACCUGGCAUGGGUUCGCAAUGACGUCAGGAGAUGGAUCUAAGCUACAUGGUGUCUGUGUGACGAUUUGGAUUCCCCUCAACCAUAGAGCUGCUGAGGAAUUGGAAAAGCGAUGUGAGGAGUGGAGGCGAGUCAACAUGACGGACGAGGAGCGGGAACUGGCUGCCAGCCUGGGUGAACGACUGGCCAUGGAACGACGAAGCUAUCCAGGCUACUUGCUCAGCUGCCUUCAUGCGAGAAUUGCGUCUUUUGCCCGAAAGGAAGCGAUCAAUGAAUUGCCUGGUUCUCGAAAUACCGACUUGUAUGCACUCUUCCGCUCGCUUUCAAUCUCAAAUAUAAUCAUCUUGUUCGAAUACAUCCUUGUUGAAUCCCGUAUAAUUCUCCUGUCAUCUCAUGCUGCCAUGUUGCACUUGGCAAGCAAAGCCCUCGUUGAUCUGCUCUUUCCAUUUCAAUGGACAGGCGUCUUUAUCCCUAUCCUACCUGCCCGGCUUAUCCAAGCACUCGAAGCGCCUUGCCCCUAUAUUGUGGGAAUUGAGCGGAGGUACGAAAAGGCGGAGCUUCCUUCUGAUGACUUUGUACUUGUAGACCUCGACCAAAAUGAGAUCGAAAGCACGGCGAGACCUACUCCUUUACCUCGCCAUCAUCGUCGCAAGCUACAAUCCCUCCUUCAAAUGGCUGCUCCUCUCCAUAAUAGAUACGGAGUUCACCCUGGAGCCCCUUCCUAUGCAAUUGAAACUUAUCCAUUCGACUCAUUUCCUGGCGAAAACCAAUCGAUUUUCUCACCUAGGGCGCCGCCCACUCAACUCGCUAAAUACGUGAGCGUAAAUUCUACGGCGUUCGGCCAGGAUCCCUCCGUCUCUCCAACUUCACCAAUUUUUAAUGUCUUUUUAAACGCUCGGAAUGAUGUAGCCUUUUCUAGGGGGCAUGACCGCCCGACAACAAGCUCAACAUCGAAGGCUGGCACUCCGCCCUCCCCAAAAGCUUCUGGCAGCUCUUCUCCGACCUCAAAUAAAUUCCCCACUUUGCCUCCUACACCUAUAUCUCGCAACGAUUCAGGAUUUGCCCUCCAAUCAUCGUUGCGGGAGAAGAGAUCAGGUCAUUUCGAUGCCGGUUCCCGCAGAAGUUCGUCGUUCGGUGACAGAAAGCCCAGUAUACCCAGGCGACCUAGUGCUCCAUUCCUCAGCCAUACCUCUAGCCUAUCUAUAUCAACUAUCAAUACUGACAACGGGACAUCUGUUUAUGCACCAUCCAUAUAUGCGCAAUCCACUGUGGCAGCGUCGACUAUCAUGCCGAACUCGUCCCAACAACCACUACGUAACCCUGCUGGUACCACGAUGGUAGAGGGACACUGUCUACAACUACAACCAUGGGAUGACAGGACUCCUUGUUCGAUAUGUGACGAAAAGGCCGAGGAAGGCAUGUACAAAUGCUCAUCGUGUAGCACAAUUGUCCAUACCCGUUGUGCAUCCCAGAUUACCCUCGUAUGCCCAGCUGCGUUCAAUCCUGAACAGGUCCGUGCCGCAUUUGUCCGGUGCUUCGCAAGUCUGCUCUACACAUAUAAGAAGUUUCUCCGACCUGCAACGGGGGACAAGAAAAAGGCCGGUAUGAGUUACACUUUCAACAUGGAUGCAUUUCUCAAAAGCUUGCCACACGAGCACGCGGAAUACAUGACUAUACUCCAACAAACGCAAGGGUUCAAUGAGUUUAUCAGCGAGCGCGAACAAUCAUCUCUUUCAUCCAGAGAUCCCCGAGUUACGCUGUUUGACGAGAUUAUAUUAUCAAAACGCAACCGCGGCCGAACAUCGAUCUUCUCAGGUCGCAUGACAACCAAUUUCUUAUCGGAUACGUCAGACCAUCUCUGGCGCUCGGCAAGCGCAACUUAUAUACCCAGCAGCCUGCAUCAGGCCACCAACUCAAAUGAUUGGAAAAGCGCCGUUGCGAGAGCUCCCGCAAAGCUGGAUCCGAACCACAUGGAAGAGCCGCGCAUGAUUCAAGGGGCAACCCGAAUAUCCAAAACUACAAAUAACGCGAGAAGAAAACCGGUCCCUAAGUUUCAAAAUGACAACGUUGGUUGGCCGCCCUAG